AUGGAGCGUGGAAGAUUGAGCAGAGCCAAAGGCAGGCUGUCCCAGCUGCCAUUGAGAGUGCAAGACCCCAGCAGGAUGAGCAACGCGUACACAACUCCCCGCAGUGAAAGCCUUUCAAUAGGAAAACGCAGCAUAGGAAAACCUCUGCUGCAGACAUCUGAGAAGCGGACAAGCCUCUUUGGUCAACGAACAAGUGGAGCAAGCAUGCCACGCAGCAGCUCCAUUUAUGGCUUUGGAGCACCUGAGAAGAUUAAAGAUACACGGCCUCUGCACGACAAAGGUUACGUUCAGCAGUGCAUCAGACAGCUGUAUGAUUUCCUGGCAGAGCAGAGCUACAACGUGCCACCCAAAACUCUGCAGUCACCAUCCACCAAGGAGUUUGUCAAGAUCUUUGAGUUCAUCUAUCGUCAGCUGGACCCCACUUUUGAAAUGCCAAAAACCAAAGUGGAGGAAGAGGUUCCAGCUCUCCUCAAGUCACUCGGAUAUCCUUUUGUUCUGUCAAAGUCCUCUAUGUAUUCAGUUGGCGCUCCCCACACGUGGCCUCAGGCAUUGGGUGCCCUUCUGUGGUUAAUUGACACCGUCAAAAUCCACGCAAGCUUGAAUGAGCAGGAUCUCCUCUUCAGAGACUUCUGCGAAGAUAGCGACAACAUUGAUGACAGCGCAGAUUACAAUAAGCUCUUUUUCGACUACACAGCAACCACAUACACCAAAUUCAUGCAGGGCAUGGACACUUAUGAGGAGGAUGAUGAGGCCUUUGUCACUGAAUUGAAGAAGAUGUGCAAUUAUGAUGAAGAGCUGCUGACUGAUAUGGAGGAGAAGAAAAGGUUGCUUAUGGAUGAUGUUGAACGACUGGAGAAGGAAAACCAAAAGGACCGUCUCCAGUCCAAAAGGAUGGAGAUUAUGAGAAUGCAGUCAGACCUUCAAAAGUUGGGUGACUAUCACGCCCAAGUGGAGGCCUUCCAAACAAACCAAGAGAAAAAGUUCCUGGAGCUGGACGAAGAGUUAAACCAUGCUGUUAGCAGUCUGGAAUCUCUGAAAGUUGAGCAAUGUGAACUGGAAAAGGUUCGGCAGAACCAAAAGUACACACCUGCUGAUGUAGAGAGGAUCAACCAAGAAAAGCAGGAGGUUCAACAGGCCAUAGCCAUACACGGCAAGUCUCUUGAACAAGCCGAACAGCAGAAGUGGAGCGAACAAAUUGCGCUGGCCAAAGUGAAGGAGAAGGCCGAGUUGAAGCUUAACGAGUACCACAAACUGGCCCGCAAGCUGAAGCUCAUUCCGUUGUCAGCAGAGAAUGCCUGUGGCCAUGACUUUGAACUCAGGCCUUUUGAAUACGGACCUGGGAACAUUCAACUCAAGCCACAGACACGGAAUCUUUUGAAAAAACUGAUCAGCGAUGUGGAGGAUGAACGCAGCAAACUGUCCAACGCCAAGUUCAGUCUGGAGGACUCUCACGAACAGGUGAACUCAAAUGUCUUGGACAAGAAAAAUGACCUGAAGCAGCUGAAAGAGCAGAUCCGCAAGGAGGAUGAACGCUGGGAUGCCAGCCAGAAGGAGUUUGCACAAGAGGAACAAGAAUGGGCGAUGGAAGUGGAGGUGGUGGAGAGCAAGUGCAAUUUACUCAAGGAGAAGGACAAAUGCUUUUAUGAGGAUACCAUGCAGCAGAAUAAGGCGCUGCAGCAACAGUACCACCGGGUACUGCUGGAAUCAAAGGAGGAGAGACGUAUGGUCGCCAACAACCUUACGAACAUUUUCACCACUGCAGCAGACCACCUUUCUGCCAUCGAGGAUUCUAUGAAGAACUUGGAAAGCUUCAUGGAAAACAUGAAUACUAAAGCACUGGAGGAGGAUGAGAAGUACGUGAGGGAGAUUUUGGAAAUCUCCAAAUCAAAGAUCAAUUGA